ACGGCUUGUCGAACUACUUCCUGCUUCCGCAAACACUGCUACUAGAUGCUCUCCUUUGACUUAACGUUGCGCGGACCCACAUUUUAACCCUCUUCACAUUUAUGAAUUAUUAAUAAAAGUCAUGACGGCAAACAGCCGCUGUUCCGUCGCUGAGCCCCCUGGCCUGGAGACCCAGGGGCGGGAGAUUGACUCUCUUCUGCGGGAGUCAGAGCUUCGAGCCGGGGACAGUUGGUAUGUGAUGACUCGUCGCUGGUAUGAACAAUGGAAGGAGUUUGUAGAGACCCGUGAGCAGAACUCCUCGUCCUUUCCUGGUCAGAUCGACAACACUGAGCUGUUCGAGGAUCAAGAAUCCUAUCACUUAAAGGAGCGUCUGGUCGAGAAUGAGGACUUUGUCCUGGUGCCAGCUGAAGUGUGGCACAAACUGCUGUCCUGGUAUGGAAUGGCCGAUCAACAACCACCAGUGGAACGCAAGGUGGUGGUGGACCAGCCAAACACUCUGAAAGUGGAGGUUUACCCUGUCGAGAUCUUUCUCUGUCUCCAUAGCAACAUGGAGAACAUUGUCACUGCACAGUUCAGCCGCACUGAUAAAAUCCAACUAAUUCAGUCCGUGAUGUGUCGGACCUUCGCCGUGCCUGCGGGAUCCGAGUGUCGACUGUGGAUAAAAAGUUCAGACAGCAACUGUGAGCGUCUAAGAAACCUCCAUUUGAGCGUGUUAGAGGCCUGUUUGAGCUCAGGGAUGACAGUGAUAAUGGAGACGAGGAAUGCGGACGGUACCUGGCCCAGUUCCACUCCUCAGAUCAUGAGGACGUCAGAUGAGCAGGACUCUUACCGAGGUCAGCCAGGAGUGUGUGGCCUCACCAACCAGGGAAACACCUGCUUCAUGAACUCAGCUCUGCAGUGUCUCAGUAACACUCCCCCGCUGACGGAGUACUUCUUGCAAAAUGACUAUCUGGAGGAGUUGAACUUCACCAACCCGCUGGGUAUGAAGGGGGAGAUUGCCGAGGCCUACGCCGACAUCAUCAAACAGAUGUGGUCGGGGAGACACUACUCUGUGGUGCCGCGUGUCUUCAAGGCAAAGGUGGGUCACUUUGCCUCCCAGUUUCUUGGCUACCAGCAGCACGACAGUCAGGAGCUUCUGUCCUUCCUCCUGGACGGGCUGCACGAGGACCUGAACCGAGUCAAAGUGAAAGAGUACAUUGAGCUGCGGGAUGCUGAUGGACGACCGGACCAGGAAGUUGCGGAGGAGGCGUGGCGGAACCACCGCAGGCGGAACGACUCCGUGAUUGUGGACACUUUUCACGGCCUCUUCAAGUCCACCCUCAUCUGUCCGGAAUGUCACAAAGUCUCAGUGACGUUUGACCCCUUUUGCUACCUGAGUGUUCCACUUCCUGUCAGCAAAGAGCGAGUCAUGGAGGUCUUCUUCGUCUCUCUGGACCCCUAUGCCAAACCUACACAGUAUCGGGUGGUGGUUCCUAAAGCUGGAAAAGUGUCUGACCUCUGCGCUGCCUUGUCAGAGAUGACAGAGGUUCCUGCUGCACAGAUGGUCGUGGCAGACGUGUUCAACCAUCGGUUCUAUAGAAUCUACACGGCUGACGAUUCACUGAGCUGCAUUCUGGACCGAGACGACAUCUUUGUGUACGAGCAGAAGAAGCUGGAGGAGCAGCAGCAGCAGGAGGAGGAGGAACAAGUCCUGCUGGCCCUCUACCUGCGGGAGCGGUCGCGCUACCGAGAGUACAGCUCCAGCAGCACCACGCUAUUCGGCCACCCGCUGCUGCUCAAAGUGCCACGCAACAGCUGCAGUCAGGAGGCGCUCUACAACCUGUUUCUGCAGAGACUAGCGCGAUAUGUUCGGCUUCCUGAGCCUUCUGAAGAGCUGGAGGAAGAGGAGGAGGAGGAGGAGGAGGAAGAAGAGGAGCUGUACAAGACUCAGACUAACGGCAUCAGCGAUGAUGAGGAGCAAGCUGACACAGAGAAAGCUGGUCCCUCAAGUGCACUCACUGGCUGCAGCGACAGCCAAUCAGAGAGCAGCACUGCUCCGGAGGCACCUCCCCACGCCAAUCACGUGGAAGCCUCCUCAGACUGUGAAGCCACCAAUGGCCCUGAGGCCGCCCCCGAUAGCACGGAGUCCUGCGAGAUGAACAACACCGGCCACUCUGAGCCAGCGAGCCGGCAGCCAGACGACGGAGUGGAAGAAGAGACGGAGGAAAACAAACUGGAAGAGGCAUGUUCCUCCGAACCUGCCGCCGCCGUCGAGCAACCCAUCAAGAAGAGGAGGUGCCGCAAGAGGAAACGCCUGUUCACCAUCCAGGCGGUGAACUCGAACGGGACGACGGAGAGAGGGAUGGGAGACGCAGGGAGCGCCGUCUGCUUCGAUUCUCAACCCUACGUGGCCAUCGACUGGGACCCAGAGAUGAAGAAGAGAUUCUACAAUGAGAAUGAGGCCGAGAAGUACGUGAAAAACGCCAGCAUGGAGGUUCCUCAGCAGCAGAUGACCGUGCAGCUGGAGGAGUGCAUCAAGCUGUUCACCACUGUGGAGACCCUGGAAGAGGACAACCCCUGGUACUGCCCUGUGUGUAAGAAGCACCAGCUGGCCACCAAGAAGCUGGACCUCUGGUCUCUCCCUGAGGUUCUCAUCAUCCACCUGAAGCGAUUCUCCUACACCAAGUACACCAGAGAGAAGCUGGACAGCAUCGUGGAGUUCCCCCUCAGAAACCUGGACUUCUCCAACUACCUUCUACGGAAGAGCACGUCCAAGAGUGAACCUCCAAGCCGCUACGACCUCAUCGCCGUGUCCAAUCACUAUGGGGGACUCCGAGACGGACACUACACCAGCUACUCUCAGAACAAGGACAACGGACAGUGGUAUUAUUUUGACGACAGCAAAGUCACCUUCGCCAUGGAGGACCAGAUUGUGAACAAUGCGGCCUAUGUCUUGUUCUAUCACCGACAAGACAAGGUCCGCACGCCCACUCUGCCCAGCCCGAAGCUGAGCCCGCCCUCAACCACAGAACCCAAAACUGACAUCACUUCCUCUGAAGAGGACGGAGCUUCCUCUUGCGUCUCCAUGGAAACAGACUAAAGGACACUGCCGACACUUGAACGCCUCAUGAGCUGGAGACUUCCGGUGAAACUCAUCCUCAGCAGUUAUGGCCGACGGACACUUUUAUCUCAGGGAGGGGUCACGUGACCUGGAGCUCAGAGUUCAGGAAAAGACAAUAUGAUUUGUUUUCUAAAGUUAAGGUUCCACAUGAUGUUAAGUUGAGGCUGCGCACAUUUCUGGGACACUUUUUUCUUCAGAAAAAAAGAUUUGGUUUUUACAGUAGUUCAACCCCAGAGUCAUCAGAGGGUCACAGAAGUCCGAAGCAGCUCAGACUGAAGUGACCUGCCAUUGUAGCUUCAGGACUUGAUUCUUAUGAAGCCUAAAGGAAACCCAUAAGGUUGAGGUGCUCCGUUGCUGAUAUCAUUACAUGUUCAUGUUCCUUUGUUCUGUGCAGCCCGAACUGAAGCCAUUUAUCUCCAAAUUCUCAAUCUUAUAACGAAAAAGUUCAGCAGGAGAGUCGUGUGGAUGAUUCCAACCCAUUUAUUUAUCACACUUCUGCCAGAUGAUUCAAGCUGUAUAUAUUGCGUUCUUUGGUAUUUAUUUGGCUUUUUUUAUGUGAGAAGUCAGAACGUGGCCCUGUUGAGACGCUAUUUUCAUAUUUAUUGGGGAAAUAGGUUUCAGCCAGUCUCCCAUCACCCUCAACCCAAGUGUGUACAGUAUUUUUGUAUCUUCAGAGAUGUAUCCGUGUCAUUCCUGGGUCGAACGCGGUGCACAUGCUGGGCGGUCACUUUCUCUGGUCUUCCUGUCAAAUAUCAGAUGAGAAUAUUUUAUAGUUUCUUUAAUCUUUUGAUAUAAAUAAAUUGAUUAUUACCUUG